AGGCUCUCUAGUAUAUCGUACUAUCAGAAAAUAUAUUUAUUUGCUUUUGUAAAUUUGCAUAAUUUUUCAUAAUCUGUUUCGAAAUAUCACAAUGAAUGCAACCACUAAAUUGUGUCAAUUAAGACAGGCGUUGCAAAGUUGUAAUAGGAAUUUACACACUACAUAUAUAGCUAGAAAUGCAUACGAAGGUCCUGGUAAAACUACUGUCACAUUCAUCAGGAAAGAGAUUGGUGCUCGACUUCUGGUAACAAAAUGUGAUGAGUUAGGAUUUACAUUGAACACUGGUACACGAGUGAUAGGACCAAUGAUGCUCUUCCCGAGGUACGCUCUCUGCUGGAACAUCGCAUCUGGCAAACACAUAAACGAAGCAUCCUUAUCUCUGCUCACUAUCCUUGAGCCGAAACCUGAUCUCUUUGUCAUUGGAUUGGAUGACAAAUACGAUUUUCUUUAUCUGAAAAGUCUUCGAGAAGUCAUACAAAAGCUCGGUAUCACUACAGAAAUACUUUCUGUGCGUAAUGCGUGUACCGUGUUCAAUUUUGUCAAUGAAGAAGGCAGAUAUGUCAUCGCAGGCUUAAUACCGCAAAAAAGGCCUGAAAUCUUAUUAAAAUUGUCAAAAAGUGAAUCUGUGAAACAAAUAACUGAUUCUAGUGAUACUACAAAUAGCAAAACAAACACUGAGAAGACAGAGAAUGUAACAAAAUGAUAGAGAUGCACAUUUGAUGCUAUCGAAUUUUCAAGAUGAAUAGCUCAACAGAUCCCAGACGACCUGAAAAGGAAAUCCGUUACAAGCCACCAGGUUCGAAUAAUCAGGGGCAAAUGCAGGAUGAUUUGACACCAGAUUACAUGAAUGUCAUAGGGAUGAUC